AAGCUCUUCAUGACUUUAUUUUGGCUCCACAUUCCCAUCUUUCUUGCUUAGCUUUAUCCUUCUCUUCUGAUCUCUUGCCAAACCCUACUCCCAUCAUAUCCAGUUGAUGAUCUGCGUUUCCACUAACAUCCCAAAACUCUACCCCAUCUUUCCAACUUUACAAAAAAGAAAAGCAAACUAAAGAUCUUCAAGCUAAGAACAAUGGUUUUUGGCUCCAUUCCAGCUUAUCUUGAUCCAGCCAACUGGCAACAAGUACAGCCAAAUCAUCAUAGUGGACUUUGCGUCCCACCAAGCAGUCAGUGCUCUUCAGCACCGGUACCGGCGCCGGCGCAAGUGGGGUCAAUCCGGCCAGGUUCCAUGGCGGAGCGAGCCCGCCUAGCCAACAUACCGGCGCAGGACGCCGCCCUAAACUGCCCUAGAUGCGAAUCAACAAACACAAAGUUUUGCUAUUUCAACAACUACAGCCUCACCCAGCCGCGCCACUUCUGCAAGUCGUGCAGGCGCUACUGGACACGCGGCGGCGCUCUCAGGAACGUCCCCGUCGGCGGCGCCUGCCGCCGCAACAACAACAAAAGAUCAAACACCAAACCACCAAGUAAUAGUACUAAUAAUACUCCCACAUCUUCCACUUCUAGUCCUGCCUCAACUACUACCUUAUUAGGCUUCUUGCCUCCCAACUUCAAUCUCCCCCCUCUUCUCGGCGCCCAACUUUCCGAUACCCAUUUUCAUGGCGGCGAAGGGGUCGGUUCUUUACUUUCCGGUAGCGCCGCCGUUGAUCCGUGGCGGCUUCAGCAAGCUUCGCCGCGGCAACUGUCUUUCUUGGGCGGUCUGAAUCCUUCAUCGUAUGGAUUAUAUCCAUUUCAAGAUGGUUCGGGUACGAUGUUGGGACAAAUGGCUUCCAAUUCAGUGAUGAAAAUGGAACAAGCUAAUCAAGAAUCGAGAUUGUUUUCACCUUGGUCGCAGAUUUUUAUGAUUCCAGCAAGUGAUGAACAGUGGAAUUGUGUUACUGAUGUUUCUGCUAACCUUAACUCUUCUGCCAACAUGUGAUAUGAUGUUUCUUAGCUAGUUUGCAUGCAUUUUCGUUAGAGCAAAACUGAAAAAAAAAAAAAAAAUGUUCCUUUUUAUUUGUUGUAGUGAUCCCUUUGAUCGAAAUGUUUUGGGAGAAUUAAUUUCUCUAUUUAAAUCU